GCUCUAGAAACGUCUACUACUCCAGUUGCGUCAGUACGGCCAUGCUUAUCGCAGGAUACGCAAAAAGAUCCGCAGCAUUGUAGUCCGCCGAACAGAGGCGUCUUCAUUGGUUGUGUGUGGGCAGCGUUUUCUUUUUACAGGCAUUAUUAGUAUUUUACAAGACACUUCGCCUCGGAAACACCGUCCCGCUUCACGUCUAGACAUGCAUCCAGCAACUGCCAAGUGGUACGACAGGAGGGACUCUGUGUUUAUAGAGUUUUGCAUAGCAGACAGCAAAGAUGUUAAAGUUAAUUUUGAUAAAACAAAGUGUGGUUUCAGUUGUCUUGGAGGAACUGACAAUGUCAAACAUGAGAAUGAAAUAGACCUUUUUGACGCUAUUGAUGAGAAUGAAUCCAAACAUAAACGUACAGAUCGCUCAGUAUUGUGCUAUUUACGAAAAGCACAGCCAGGGAAGGCAUGGCCGAGGCUAACAAAAGAAAAGGCUAAGCUGAGUUGGCUCAGUGUCGAUUUUAACAACUGGAAAGACUGGGAGGACGACUCAGAUGAGGAAAUGGGCAACUUCGAUCAGUUCUCAGAUAUGAUGAACAACAUGGGAGGUGAAGAUGACCUACCUGAUCUAGAUGGUGCAGAUGAUGAUGAGUCUGCAGAUAGCGAUGAUGAGAAAAUGCCAGAUUUGGAAUAGAAUACCAUACAACUCUGGAAAGAAAAUGGAUAACAGAGGGCAAGAAGAAAAUUAACAAAUAUAUAUCUUGAAAUUGAAGGCAGUGACAAACUGUACAUCAUGUCAGUAGCCAUAUUUAAAUCCAUAGCCUCAGCUCCAAACUCUUGACGAAUCAGUUCACUGAAGGUUGAUAUGCAUGGUAUUGUACAGAGCAGCUAUCUCCACUUCCAUUUGCUGUACUGCACCUUUGGGGUAUCUUAUUUUAUUGUUAAAUAUUACAACUAAGCACAUGUCUUUUUGUUUUUCCUUUCUGAAAAGUAUAGUGUAUAGUUGUCCUCAGCUGAACAAUAGGUUUUAAGAUAUUUACAAUUUGUUUGCAAACAGAUUGUGAAUUAAAAUGAUUAGAGACUUAUUCCCAAGGAUGUGGUUUUAAGUUUGAGAACACUAGCCGUGUACAUCUGAAGAACUUUGCAUUGACUGAUUAGGUUCCUCCAAAAACUACCAUGUGGCGUAAAUUAGAUAUGCAGGCAACCAUUCUUUGUUUUCGUAGCAUACUGUUUCAGUGUUUCCCUUACUACUUGUUUAAUGUUUAGAAUAUUCUGAGAUCAUUAGAGCACUAUUUAAAUAUUGCCUAAAUGAAUUCCAGUUAAUAUCAAUAACGGUUUCUCUUCAUACCCACCUAACAUGCACUCUCGUGUUACACUGCAAAAGCUAGGUGAAAUGUGCAGCUGAUAAGGAGCUUGAAGCUUGGUUGGACCUCAGCGUUAUGUGGUUUGUUGCUAUUAUCUAGGUUCUUUCCAUUUGUUCAUGUAGAAUAAAGCCUCCCCUGGUGAUGAGGUGUCAGAAUGAUACAGCAACAUGUAAUGACCAAAUUAUAUUUGCACUGUCAAUAAAAUCUAAGGGGAUACAAUGUUGAAUUACAGUGGAAAUUCUUUUUUUUUAUUGUCUGCAUCUUUCUAAUAAACUGUUUAAGAAUCA